CUCCCCUCCCCCACCUGGAUCCUCCUGCAGAGAGUGCAGGUCCCCGGGGUGUUCUAUAGGUGGAGGUGAUUCCAGGUGUAGGGUGGUGGCGUGUCUUUGGGGGCUUUUCUUUCACUUUUUGGGGGAAGGUGAAAGGUUAUUUUUUUUUCUUUCUUGUUUUAUUUUUGUAUGUUUUUUGUCAUUUGUGUAUUUGGAACACUUUGGACUCGUCAUGACUGCGGCUUCCCCGGAUUACCUGGUGAUCCUCUUCACUGGAACCGCCGGGGCCAACUGUGCCAAGCUGGGCUCCGAUGAGAAGGAGGUCAUCCAACUGCUAUGGAAGGUGAUAGACCUGGCCAACAUGAAGGUAGGGGAGCUGCACGAUGUGAAGGUCAGACCCGAUCACCUGGAGCUGACAGAGGAAUGCAAAGAGGCCAGCAAGAUCGAGCCUGAGAGCCUGUACUUGGCUGCCCAGCUGGAGCAAGCCCUGCAACAGUUCAACCAGACGGUAGGCAAUGAGAUCAACAUUGGUGUCGGUACAUCAUUCUGCCUGUGCACAGAUGGACAGCUUCACAUUAGACAAGUGCUACAUCCUGAAGCCUCCAAAAAGAAUAUACUUCUUCCUGACUGUUUCUACUCCUUUUUUGACUUGAAGAAAGAAUUCAGGAAAUGCUGCCCGGGGUCUGGUGAAUUAAGUGAACUUGAUGUGACGGCAAUGGCAAGUUACUUGGGACUGGAAAACUUAAAUACAGAAGAGAUGUCCCAUGGAGCUUCAGAGGUGACCACUAUGGCAGAUAUAAUUCUGACGUUAAUUUCAAAAACAUACAAUUACACAUUUUCAGACCCAGAAAGAGUAAACUACAAAUUUGAGUCUGGUACUUGCAGCAAACUGGAGACAAUUGAUGAUAACGCCAUUAUCCGAGCCCGAGGUCUGCCGUGGCAGUCAUCUGAUCAAGACAUUGCACGAUUCUUCAAGGGUUUAAACAUAGCAAAGGGUGGAGCGGCCCUUUGUCUCAAUGCACAAGGGAGGCGGAAUGGAGAGGCUUUAGUCAGAUUUGUGAGCGAAGAACACAGAGAUCUGGCUCUCCAGAGACACAAGCAUCACAUGGGAAACCGAUACAUUGAGGUGUAUAAAGCCACAGGAGAAGACUUUCUAAAAAUAGCUGGAGGUACAUCUAAUGAAGUAGCUCAGUUUUUGUCCAAGGAGAACCAAGUGAUUGUACGCAUGCGGGGUUUGCCCUUUAUUGCCACUCCCGAAGAAGUGCUAACGUUCUUUGGGCAGCACUGCCCUGUGACUGGAGGCAAGGAAGGAAUAUUGUUCGUUACCUACCCUGACGGCCGGCCGACGGGAGAUGCUUUUGUGCUUUUUGCCUGCGAGGAAUACGCACAGAACGCACUGAAGAAGCACAAGGAAUUGCUGGGCAAGCGAUACAUUGAGCUGUUUAGGAGCACAGCAGCAGAGGUGCAGCAGGUACUCAACAGAUACUCUGCUACACCUCUUUUCCCCCUUCCAACCCCGCCCAUCAUUCCAGUACUACCUCAGCCAUUUAUCCCUCAAAUCAAUGUCAGAGACUGUAUACGGCUGAGAGGUCUUCCUUAUGCUGCCACAAUAGAGGAUAUCUUGGACUUUUUGGGUGAAUUUUCUGCUGAUAUCAGGACACAUGGAGUUCAUAUGGUGCUGAACCACCAGGGCCGACCAUCAGGAGACUCCUUUAUUCAGAUGAAGUCAGCAGAGCGGGCGUUUCUGGCAGCACAGAAGUGUCAUAAGAAGACCAUGAAGGACAGAUAUGUGGAGGUGUUUCAAUGUUCUGCAGAGGAGAUGAACUUUGUCUUAAUGGGGGGAACUUUAAAUCGAAAUGGCUUGUCCCCGCCGCCAUGUAAGUUACCAUGUCUGUCUCCUCCAUCAUACACGUUCCCUGCACAGACGGCCGUAAUUCCAGCUGAGGCCGCCACCCUGUACCAGCCCUCACUGCUCCUGAAUCCUCGGGCCCUAGCACCAACAGCUGCAUAUUACCCAGCUGGAGCUCAGCUCUUCAUGAACUACACUGCUUACUACCCUAGUGACACUAUAUAUUUCAGAAAUCCUGCUAAAUAUCCAGUCCAUCAGAUUCCCCCAGGUUCUCCAAGUAAUCUUGGCUUCUUCCCAGCCACAGCAAGUGCCGGCAGUCUUCCUCUGCACAACGGAGCCACAGUAGUGCGCAUGCAGGGUCUGGCGUAUAACUCUGGUAUGAAAGAGAUCCUGAACUUCUUCCAAGGUUAUCAGUACUCUCCAGAAGAGGCUCUCCUCCCAAUAAGUGACCAAGCUCGAGCACUGAUCACCCACCCUAAGGAAUGGGUGUGCAUAUAGUCUUCCUGAUGCUUGUGGAGGAGGUUCUCCUCAACUAGUUUAUUUUGUAAGCUGUCAUCUUGCUAAGCAAGCAAACACCUCUGGUCUCAUCUGAAUGUACAAGUUUGACCAAGCAUGAAUUUUUGCUCAUAAAAUUAUGGAAGCCCCACUAGACUUUUUAAGACUUGAACUUUUACCAGGAAGGUCAACGACUCCUCAAUAACUGGGCAAAUGAAAUGAUUUUCCAAUGUGCAAAGCUACUGAACCCAGAGUUGAGAUCCACUGUAUACACACUGCUAAGAGAAAACAAUGACUUUCCGACUAUAUAUGAACACAUGAUCUUAUUUCAUUCAGCAGGUAUUAUGCUUCCUUAGGAAUAGAACAACCUUCUGCUCCAAAAGUGUUACUACAGCUGGCGAUGUUUAUUUUAUGUAUAUUUUUAGUUGACUCAUUAAAUAAAGGGUUCACUUGUCAUGUAAAUGGUUUGCCGUAUUUUAAAACCGAUUACCGGUUCUGUUGGCAUGCUCUGAUAUAUUUGCAAACUUUUUUUUUUUUUUUAUUUCACAUUUAAUGUCUAAAACUUUUCAGAUGUUCUUUGUAAGCUUUUUAGUUUGAUAUUAAAAACUGUCGGAAAAAUAAAUAAAAAAAAUAAAUAAAAAAAUAAUAUAAACAAAUAAUAAAAAAAAGUCUUAUGUGCUGGUAACAUGAAACCAAUUGAUUGCCUGUGUGUGCGAUUGCACUUGCAUGAUGCACUCCUGACUUGCUUUUGUCAAACUGUGUUUAUUUGUUACAUUAUCUUUAUAUAUAAUAUAUGUAUAUAUUUUUGAGGUUAGCUUUUGAACAUUAUAUAUUACAAAACUGCUUUAAGUAUGAACUAGUGCUUUAUUAAUUAUUCACUUAAAAAAAACAUUUUUUUUAUUGUCUUUAUAAUGCACCAGUUGGGGGUUCACCAAAUGGACCUUCCACCUAUUGCCAUGUUUGAAUAAAGUGUCAAGCCAAGUCA